AUGGAGGAUCCGGCUACAACCAGCGCCACCUACGAGAGCCAGCCGGAGUACGGCACCUUGCUGCUGCUGCUCGUUGUGAUUGUGUCGUCCGUGCUGCGCAUGGUCAAGCGUGUGAUCAACAUCCCAGUGGUGGCCGUCACGGUGCUGUGGGGUUUCCUCGCCGGCUGGCUGGUGAGCCAGUACGGCGACAAGGAGACCUUCCUGCCCGUCACCGACGCCCACGUGGGUGAGCUGCUGCACCUCUACAUGCCCGUGCUGGUGUUCACGGUGGCGCUCAACGUGAGGUACCACAUCUUCUGGCGCUGCUUCUGGCAGUGCGUGCUCCUGGGCGCCGUGGGGCUCGUGCUCUGCUGCUGCAUGUUCGUGCUGUACAUGACGUUCAUGGUGCCCUCAAGCAAGGAAAGCGUCAGUGGACACGACACCAUGGGCCCGGGUCGGGACGGCCUAGGGGACAACUCUGCCACAUCAGCUCUCAUGGGCUUCCUGGUCUGCUGCCCGGAACCCAUGUUCUACACCGAGAUUGCAUUUCUAACCACAGCCAAGUCUCACAUUCUCGAGACUCUGGUCAUGGGUGAAGCACUGGUGGGCUUGUCAUUCUUCUGGUUCGUCUACAACAGCGUCGCAGUUGUCAAGGAGUUCACCUUCUCCAACUUUGGCCUGUCCGUGCUGACCACGCUGGUGCUGGGCCCGGUGUUCGGAAAGCUGGUGGGCCACCUGCUGGCCUACCUGCUCAUCGCGCUGUCGCAGGACGUGUCCAUCACUUACCUGGUCUCGCUGUGCGCCGUCUACUUGACCUUCCUGCUGAGCGAGCACGCGUUCCUGGGCAGCGGCGUCACGUCAAUCAUCGCGCUCGCACUCACCGCGAGCGCGCAUAGUGCCUCGACCAUCAUGGACCCGAUAGUGCUGCGGAAGUUCUGGAUGCUGUUUCGAUACACGUACAAUACGGUUAUCGUGUUCUUGGCCGCCUUCAAAGUAGGCCGCGACGCGGUCGAAUAUCUGGACGUGGACGACAUCAUCCUGCUGGGUCACACGUACGCCGCCAAGAUAAUUGUCAGGGGUCUGAUGGUGCUCGUCUUGUACCCGGUCCUCUGCUCGACGGGCUACGACCUCAAUUGGCGCCAGUGCGUGGCUCUGGUCUGGAUCAACUUCAAGAGCGCCGUCAUCAUGGGCUUCUCGCUCUCGUCGUGGAUCUCGAACAUCAACGUCAGCGUGGCCCUCAGGGAGGACGCAAUACGACUCGGCCUGGUAUUUUUGGUACAAGCCAUAAACACCCUCACUCUGCCCCAGCUGAUGUGGACAUUAGGCUUAGUGCAGAUGUCGGAGGCCGAGAAGGCCAACAUGAACGUGGUGGUGACGGCGCUGCGCAACACGGCCAAGCAGUCGACCAACAAGCAGCGCCGCGAGAAGAACUUCAGCGGCGCCGACUGGAAGUGGGUGCAGCUGCACACGUUCAUCGAGAACCCGUACGCCGAGGUUGCGGCCGCUGGCUCGGAGCGCAGCGCCCUGGGUCCCCGCAUCUCCCUGCAGCGGCGGGAGGACACGCUGGCUGAGGCCAAGCACAGCGCCAACACCAACAUACUGCGGCUGCAGAAGGUGUGCUACAACAAGCAGUACGAAGACGGUAUGAUUCACAAGCGCACAAAAACUACCAUUCUAGCCGCCCUGCAGUACCCGCUGGAAAGGGAAUUGUACCUGAACAUCGACAUGAUGACACAGUACAUAACGGUGCCAGCUUGGAUUUAUUCGCUGAAGAACGUCCUGCAGCGAUUUGCGGGCACCGAGGUCAUCGAGCGUCGAAGUUCGGGUCGCGUCAGCGCCCGCACUGAGGAGACCGAGACCAGCGUGGUCGAGAUGGACCUGCUCUCCAACUCCAUAACGCAGGGCUGGUACCACGUGCUUGUGGGUCUCGUGGCCGUGGGCUUCGUGCUCCUGCUCGGAGGGCUGGCGUUCUUAACCCAGUACAAGAUGAAUGACGUCAUCAUGUCCGUCGUGGUCAGCGUCCAGGGCUUGUACGUCCUGCUGUACGCUCUCGAGAUACUCCUCGUGGUGUACUCAAUGGGCAUGUUCCGGAUGGGCCGGGAUGUGUGGCGCCAGUUAGACCUGAUCAUCUUCGUCCUCGUUGUGUCCGAGUUCGUGCUUACCAGCUUCGUCUCUGUUAGCAUGGAAGACACGAAGAACAAGUGGUACGCCAUCUUCCUUCAGUGCAGCUUCAUACUGCUGGUCGCCUGCAGGACCGUCAAGACGCUGCAGAAGAGAGCCGUAUUUUUCGUGUGGCUGUGGGACCUGAUGGACGGUGUGUUGAACCGGAAGCUUUUCUACGCUUACGACGUCAGCUGGGCCUACAUCACCGCCGAAGACGAAGCUAUGGCCAAAGCGAGCCGUUUCGUGAAGAACACCCAGCUGGCCAACAAGAUCCGGGACUCGUGCGGACGCAACAAGCUUCAGACACUGAAGAACGUGAUCGACAUACAGCAGAAGUACCCAAACAUCGAAGUCGCCACAAAGACGCGCCAGGCGGCGCGCAAGACGCUUAACAAGGCUCUGGAUGCUCUGCACGACCUUCACGAUGGCGGUCUCCUGGACGACAAGCAGUUCGGCAUGCUUUAUGAGGACCUGACGUGGAUGAUCCACCGCGUGGAUGGCAUGCCUACCAACAUUAUUGUGGGGGACACGGCACACUGCAUCCUGCUCAGCAUCCCUUGGCUACCCAGGGAAGAAGUGACCAAGCUGCUCAAGUCGUUCUUUUUGACCCAAAAGAAAGGCAACGUGCUCGCUUUUGUCGGCCACGAGCACGAGAGAGUCUCCAUCAUCUGCUCGGGAAUCGUGAAGGUUUACGGCAAAGGCAGGCGACAGGGCACGGAUACAGAAGGACGCCUGCCGAACGCAGACUCGAACCAGUACUUCUUCAGCGAAGGCGACUUCAAGGACUACCUGGUGUCGCCGGACUGCAUCGGUCUCAUCGGUUUCCUCACCGCGCAACCGUCUGUCUGCCAGGCGGUCUGCGAGACCGACGUGGAACUGUGCAGCAUACCGAUGGAGGUGAUGCAGCGAGUCACCGAGCUGCACCCGGACCCACCUACAGUCCUCUACCGCAUGUGGUUUUCGGUGGCCGUGCGCGUUGCUCUCGGCGUUCUCAUCAACCACAAACGGUACCAGGACUGGACCCACGACAAGCUGAAGCAGUUCCUCGAAGGCGGCAUCAUGCCGAACCUGUAUUACGCCAUCGAGUUCUCCCUGGACGAGGCCGUGCAGGACGUCAUCCUGGUGCAGGGCUGCGUCGCGUCGGCUGACGGGCAGCACCGCUACUACGGGCCCUGCUACUUGCCGCAGUCCCUGCGACAGAUGAAGCUGCCGGAUGCGCCCAGCACGCGUCCUCGGCCGGUGAUGCUGAUCACGACUUUGAUGAGGUACCACCUGCCCCCGGAACUCGACUGGUACCACCAGCCGCUGCUCCAUCACGACUACAUCCCGCGGGGCAGGACCGACGACGAGUAUUCGCACUGGUGAUAACAUGGGAAAUACCUGCCUUCCAAGACUCCACUUUCACUCUUUUUCUUUAAGCUAGCAAUAAAGCUUUAUUUGCGUUGCUUAACAUAUAUCGCACGU